AUGUUGAAAUUUAACGGAUUGAUAGUUUGGAGGUUAGGAACAAGAGCGAUUAUAAGGAAGUACUCCAACCCUAGCGCGUCUGUUAUUACAGAAAAGUUUGACGCUGCAAAAGGUGUAUCCGAGAAGAGCGACAACCUUUCGACAACAGAAGGCAGAGAGAAUGCAGGAUUAGUAGCAGCAGCAUUUGCUUCACUGCAUAUAUCUGAAAGUGAUGAUAAUAAAAAGCCCAGUCCCAAGUCUGUAAAGCAGAACCGUAAUCAGAUAUUGGAUAGUCAAAUCCUGAAGGCAACAGAUUUAAAUUCUCUCCUUCUUGUGGCUGAAAAUCCUGUGGUGUCUAGAAGACAUGCCUUAAAGAUGGUGUCCAUUCUGUCCGAGUGGUCAAGUAGCCACAAAGUAAAACUUUCUGACUUUGAAAGGGACCCUAGGUUUCUUAAACUUUGUAGGAUCCUUGCCAGAACUACUUCCACACAAGCAAUGACCUCAAUAACAAUGGCUGAAGACUUGAGUACAGUGUUGGGCAUUACAGGAGAUGAUGAAGCUGCAAGAUUAAUUACUAAUUUAUCAUUAUCACAAAUGAUCAAGGUUAUGAAGGCUCUACACCAGAAGGGUCGACGCAGCACACCUCUACUAAGGGCUCUAUCAAACAACAUCACUAACCAGUCUGAACCUAUAGACUUAAAGAAGUCUGCUGAUUUACUUUUCUCAAUGGCAUCACUGAAUUUUCCAGAUCCUGUGCUAAUGGAUAGGUUAUGCAAUGACAUCAUUGACACACUUCCAUCAAACACAGAGAAGCCAGCGGUAGUCAAUUCAAUAUUGGUAUCACUCGGUCUACUAAAAUACCGUCACGAGGCUACUCUUUCUGCAAUAGCCACAUGGAUGCAGAGCCAUAAGAGUAUUUGCAGGGCAAGUGACUUAGCUUCUGCCGUCAUUACAUUUGGCACAUUGGAUUUUGUGCCACCAUCAAGUGAUGCAUUGUUUGAGGCUGCAUUGACCCUUAAAGAAGAGGAGAUGACGAAGCCAUCUUCCUGGCUGGACCUGGUAUUUUCAUUUCUAACUUUAAACAUGGCAGAGAAAGACCACUUGAUUUCUACAUUGAGGCCAGAGUUUAUUGACAAGCUACUCUCUGCGGGUGAGAUUCCAAUCCCGGCUCGACGUAAACUGAUGGCAAUCGACGCGUAUACAAAUCUUAAAUAUCCAAAGGAAAGUGUGCGGCUGGCAGAAGACAUUUCAGUGGGUGUGCCCAUUGUUUAUACAAAGGAAAAAGCACUUUAUGUACAAAGUAUUAUGGACACAUUCAAGACCUUAGUAUCAGCUGAAGCGUUCCUGAAGAGGGAGUGCAACUCCGGAAUGGGCUUUAUUCAUGAUGCUGAAUUCGCUGUGGACUCCAACUGUCAUCCGGUACCCUUAGAAAAGGCUGUGAACAAUGAGAGCGUGCACAGGAUAGCGGUCCAGGGUUUGGACUACCACGACAUGACACGGAAGGUGGUGUCACCACUCGGAGCUAACCAGCUCUACGCCAGGCUCCUCGAGAUGAAGGGUUUCAAAGUUCUCCAGCUCCCGUAUACCGAGUUCAGCCCCAAGGAGAAGCUGGUCGACAGGGCGAAGUACAUAGAGAAGAAGCUCAGGGGCCUCGUCAAGCCCACG